GGUUAGUUUUUGUAUCACAAUUAUUAUUAUUAUAUCACAAGAUGCAAGAUUCUUUAAUAUCCAAAUUUGCAGAAACGAUAUUAUGUUGUUAUGAAGACAAUUUUGAAUGCCCAGAUGCCUCCACGUUUUCCAAUAUACUACAAUGUAACUGGAAAGACUCGUUAAAUAUUAAAGAAAUUUUAAAUUGUGAACUUCAACAAGUACAAAAUGCAGAAAGUUUGUUUGCGACUGCUGUAUCAUGUUUAUGGGCGUACUGCCAAGCAAAUUUCACAGGACCUGAUUUAGAAUAUGAAGCAAACAAUGUUUUAUCUAUAACAGAUGCAAGAAACUUAUUGAGUUCAGACGGUGAGGAACUGAAUGUUUUAAUCAAAUAUCCAGAACUACUUUUAGCUGCAAAGAAAAUUCUAACACAUCUAACUAAUGAUGCAAAAGAGGACAAAAAUUUUAAAAAUCUUGCCUUAUGGUGGUUAUUAAGAUGUUUGUACAUACAUCAACAAUCCUUAGAUGAACAUAGUCAAAUGUUGUUUAAUAAAAUAGAAGAAUGCAUAAACAUGCUGGAUGGGUUUCGUCUACAAUUAAAAGAUAGUAGAAGCCAAAUUGACAGGAAGUUUUUGAUUAUUUUGAAUUUAGAAAUUUGUCAGAUUUAUUUAUAUUACAAGCGGAUAGAAAAAUCAAAUACAUUUUUAACUGAAGCGAAAUCUGUUUAUGGAAUACAACUUGAUAUAUCAGGUGCUUUGGGUAAAAGAACCCAAUACCAGCAAAAAGACGUAGCUCAAUUGAAACUACUAAUUAACUUCACUGAAAACAAUUUACAAGACGAAAGUAGUGACAAGACACACACAUACGAACCUCCUAAACUUUUAAAACUAAACGAUGAUUUGAGACUCGAAGAGAUUAAAUUCACUGAAGAACAAAAGCUGGAACAACUAACAAGCCUCGCACAAGCUAUAAUAUUAUGCUCUAUUUUUUAUCAUAAGUUAUCCCAACCCAAAGAUGAACUGACGGCUGAAGAACUAAAAGCGUACUUAAUGGUUCUUUUAAAACAGUCGCACAGUCCUUGGCAAAUCAGAUUCAAUGCGUUGAUACUGUUGUUGGAUAUUGAGAAGUCGAACAAGAGGACUGUGGAGAGAUGCAUGUUGCAAUGUGAGGAACUUGUUAAGUUGCAGAAUAAUUUGAACACGCCGAUUAAAACCAGAUUAUCCUAUCUCUUCAUGGCCGGUCCCAAAACAAGAUGGCACACUCGAAGAAUCCAUGCAGACUUAAUGUUAAGUCUAGGGUUAGUCAAAACAGCCCUAGACACUUACCUCGACUUGCAACUGUGGGAAGAUGUUAUAUUAUGCUACACACUAUUAGAGAUGAAACACAAAGCCGCCGAAAUAAUCAAAGAACGCCUAGAAGCCGAAGAGACUGUCAAAAUGUACUGCUUAUUAGGCGAUGUCACAGACGACAUAAAAUGUUACGAAAAAGCAUGGUCCAUGUCCAAAGAAAAGAGUUCCAAAGCACAAAGACACUGGGGCAACAAUUUAUAUUGCAAGGCUAAAUAUGAAGAAGCGAUACCCCAUUUUGAGAAGUCUUUGGAAUUGAAUUCGUUGCAAGAGAGCGUUUGGCUGAGGCUCGGUUAUGCGGCUUUGAGUGUGGAAAAUUGGACGGUUGCAGCGAAUGCUUAUAGGAAUUAUACAUAUUUGGAACAACGGGAGUUUGAAGCUUGGAACAAUCUUGCUAAAACUUAUAUAAAACUUGGGGAUAAGGAUAGGGCUUUUAAAGUUCUGACGGAGGCUUUGAAGUGCAACUAUGAUAAUUGGCAGGUUUGGGAAAACAUGUUAGUCAUCAGCAUAGACACGGGUAACUUCAGCGACUCAAUACGCGCCUACGACAGACUCCUAGACCUACGAGGAAAACAUCUAGACCUAGAAAUCCUAGAAAUCUUAGCCAAAGUGAUAGUCGAUGAAAAACCAGACGCCCACGGCCAAAACUCCAAGCGAUACUUGGAACGUUUCCAAAAACUGAUGGGACGGAUAUCAAUUACCCAUCCAACCGACCCCAAAAUGUGGUUAAUCUACGCUUCGUUGCCUCUAAAAGAUAUUCUGGUGUGUCCUAAACUAAUGAAGGCUUACAGGUGUCUUGCACAGGGCAAUUGGACUGCCGAUCCUAAAGUUUGUAAAGAAGUAAUGGAUUUGUGUCUAGAUAUGGCCAAGUUGGUUUUGGGGUUGGAUGUCGAGGGGGCGGAUGUAAGUGUUACGGAUAGAAAUGAGAUUAAACAGCAGUUGAGUUCUGUAAGGUUGUCGUGCAAGUCGGCUUAUUCGGCUGUGCAGAAUGCAAGGGUUGAAUGUGAGGAUGCUGAGAGACAUUUGCCGGAGCUGCAGGAGUAUAUUGAUGCUCUGACGCAAAAAGUUACGGCACUAAAUGAAUGAAAAAUUUGAAAUAAGUAUGAAAUUAAAUUUUGUAUGUUUAAAUAAAAUUAUUUUAGAUGUA